AUGAUCAAUAACACAUUUAUUAUUGCUGAAUCAGAUGCAGCUCGAAAUGCUAUAAAUGCACCGCAUACUGCAAGUUAUUCACAAAUCGUCGCUGCAAUGAAGUUGGUCUGGAUGUUGAUGUCCUUGCAGCUUAUGCUGCUAGCAACUGCUCUCAGUGCCAGACAAUGUGUCAAGCCAACUGUUUCACCAAAGCCCACUGAGGAUCCUGAUGAUCCCACGGAUGAGCCCUGGGAUCCCACAGAUGACUCAUCGGAGGACCCAUCGGAUUCAACCGAUGAACCAUGGAGUCCCACUGCUAGGCCCACAGUAGCACCUACUGAACCGCCAUUUAAUACCACAUCUACUCAAAAACCAUCGGAGCCAACGGAAAAUCCAUUGGAUCCCACGGUAGAGCCCACCAAUGAACCAUCGGAGCCAACCGGGGAACCCACUGAAAACCCAUCGGAUCCCACGGGACAGCCCACUGGAGCAACAUCUAAUCCAUCAGAUCAACCUACUGACAGUUCCACUGGUCAACCGACUCAAGAACCAACUGAAGAGACUGAGAUACCGACAGGGGAGACCACUGAAGGUGCAUCGGAUUCCACUAAAGAUCAAUCGGAGCCAACCGGAGAAACCACUGAAAAUACAUCGGAUCCCACAGAACCCCCCACUGGAGAAACAUCAAAUCCAUCAGAUCAACCCACUGACAGUCCCACAGGUCAACCGACUCUAGAACCAACUGAAGAGACUGAGAUACCGACGGGGGAGACCACUGAAGGUGCAUCGGAUUCCACCAAUGAGCAAUCGGAGCCAACCGGGGAACCCACUGAAAAUCCAUCGGAUCCCACUGGACGGCCCACUGACGGUCCCACAGGUCAACCGACUCUAGAACCAACUGAAGAGACUAAGAUACCGACGGGGGAGACCACUGAAGGUACUUCGGAUUCCACUGCAGAGCACACUAGAGAAACAUCAAUUGCCACGCAUGAGCCCGAAGAAUCCUCGGGCGAUCCAUCAGAUCAGACAAAUCCAACCACCCAGACAACUCCCAGCGUGGAUGCGAACGCCUCCUGUCGAGCUCAUCAAGGAGUCCAGUUCCUGCCGCAUCCGUACGAUUGCCAUUUAUACAUACACUGCGAUGGGGAUAUAGGAUUCGUCAUGGAUUGUCCAAGUGAUCUAUACUGGAACUCGGUCAAACUGACUUGCGACAAGUCCUGUGCCUAGACAAAUAAAAUACAUAUAUUAUAAUA